AUGGAGAUAUAUACCAAUUCAGAGAAGAUCGAAAAUUCGAAAAGCCAAAGCAAUCUUUUCGAAAGUCCGAAGAGCAGCCGCAAUAACAUACCACAUACAUUUUCAUCUGCCUUCCUCAAACUUUCCUGGUCCGCUGUUUUGCGACAAAAUGUCAAAAUGCCAAAAGACAUGCUGAGGCCUGUGGCAGGGGAUGAUCUAUUAUGCCCAUGUUCUCACAUCAGAUUCGUGGCCUUCUUAUAUUUGGUCUACCUGCUUUACGGUCUCCAAUUGAUGCCGCGCUGCGAGGCCGUCAAGGGCUGCAGCAUACUGCUAGACCCUGAAAUGCGCUGGAAAAAGGCAAUAUGUGAUUCAACUCCCGCAACCUUGACGACUAUCCCCGACGAUCUGCCCAACAAUUUGGUAGAUCUGCAAAUUCUGCGGCAAGUCGUGCGUCAUCUGAAUCGGGAAAGUCUCCGCAGCCUCAGUCAACUGGAAUCGUUGGUUAUUGAGUCGAGCCAGUUGGAGUCAAUAGAACCAGGUACUUUUUCCGGCAUGCCACGGUUGAAGCGUCUCAUUUUGCGAAACAACUCCAUCCAUCUGGGGCCUAAUGGUCUUUCGGGCGGGGCGAUCAAAGGAUUGCUUCAUUUGGAAGAGCUCGACUUGACAUUGAAUCCACUCGGUCGACUUCCAGACGACUUCUUCGAAGGACUCGCCGGAGGACGGUUGCGACGCCUUAAGCUUGGACACGUCAAAAGCUUUGAAGCAUUCCACCUAGAGCCGAAUAGUUUGGCGCCAUUGUCGCGUCUCGAAGAGAUUGACCUGACUGCAGCAAGAAUGCAGACUUUGCACGAAUCAUUGGGCAGAUGCCUCUCUGGCAUGCCGGACCUGAAGCUACUGCUGCUUGGCAAAAACCCAUGGCAUUGUGACUGCCACCUGCGUUGGCUGAAAGUCUGGAACAUGAUUUACAACCGCACAUCCGUGAUGUAUCAUCCAGAUUCGGCCAGUUCUGAUAUUGCUGCUGAGUUUGAACCAGUUUGUCAGACGCCGGCUGAAUUGCGCGGAAAGAGUAUCUUCCCAAGGCCGGGGGCUGACGAGAUUCGGCUUUCCGACUUCUACUGUCCUCCACGUGUAUUUUCACGAGACACGGUAGUCAAGGCCGGACUUGGCAGCAAUGUAACUUUGCGUUGUGACUUUUUUGCCGAUCCGGCGGAAACGGUUGUUUGGUUGAAGGACGGUCUUGUCGUCAAGGCGCAUUGGGAACGCGUCGUGACCCAAGUGAACAGGGCCAAUAGGAACUUUUCUACUGUGCUACAGAUCACCGACUUGCAGGCCCGGGAUACCGGUAACUGGGAGUGUCGAAUCAACUCGGGUAUUGGCGCCAACUCAGCUCGCGCGGUGUACAGUCUAUUUGUGCACACAACUGGGCCGGGUGGGGGCGCUUUGGCCAUUUCCGGUCCUGGAAGCGGUAGCAGUGGAAGUGGACUCACUUCCAGCAGUCGACAAAGUCUCAUCUACGCCGGAGUUGGGGCUUCCAGCCUCAUAAUUCUGCUGGCAAGUGUUUGUCUGAUAAUCUUCUGCUGCUGCAAUAGCCGAGGAAGCGGAUUGUCUGCCUUCAGGACGCAUGAGGAGUGCAGAAAUUCUAUGGCUGGUUCGGUAGCCGGGGGGACGGGCAAUCAGUCGCUGUUGCAAUGCUCGUCUUCAGGAGAAAAGAAUGGUUUGGAUAGUUCCGAUUGCGGGAUUCCAGCCUCGUCGGAAUUGAGCGAAACCUGCCUGGAGGGUCUUGAGCAAGGCUUGAUGCCGUUACUAUGCAAUCCUACACAGCGAACACGCUGGUUUGCCAGACGUCGAGUUCAACGGACCAACGGCAGUGGUUGGGGCUUGGCCAGAACCAAAACGGCACUGAAGACGCCAGUGGAUCCGGGAGAAAAGCAUCAACAGCAGAAGCAACAAAAGAAACAAAAGAGGACCACAUUUGCCGACGACUUGGGGAAAGUUGAGCAAAGAGCCACACGGACGGAGGCUGAUGAAGAGCAGGCAUCAAGCUUGCUAGUCGACUCUUCCGCCGCCAACAAUCUAGUUCGUGUUGGAGAAAAUUUCAGUGUUGCAUCAAGCCUGGACGGUGCUGCCGCGAACUCGACGAUGAGUGCCAAUCUGCCUCAAAGCCAAGCUGGUCGGCUGCGACAACACCCGACGACUGUAGCGCGAUUCUUUCCUGUACCCGUUGGAUCCGAGAAAGAAAGCAAUGCCCUCGUUCGAACCACCUCGUCUCUUGGCGCAAAUCAACGCGGUCUUCUCUUCUCCCCCACUUCCGGUUUGACUAAUCACACUGAUCCUGUUUCCGGAUGCCUAAGCCAACUCACUUCAACCGAAGGCUAUGAGUCGUCGUGUCAAGCUUCCCCAGCGUUGGGAUUUGAUCAAUUUCUGCUUCCGCUCUCCCAGUCGACUAGAAUCGAGAAACCCGAGGCUGUCUAUCACCUCGCAUCCGGAGCGCACGUCAACACAUUGCCUCCCGACUAUCCUUCUGUGUGUACAAGUGAUGGAGGCGUUGGCAGGAGCCGCAUUACGGCCGAAGGUCCUGGAAUCGCCGCAAUGAAUUUCUGCACCUCCACAACUCACCCCUUAGUCGGUUUAGGCGGUUCCCUAAUUCACGAAGCUGCUCGUCUCGGCGGAAAUAGACUUCUCGUCUCCUGCGAUCGUCCAGAGCCAACUGUCCUCCUGGCAACCGGUUUGCCGGCAAGUACUGCAUUUCCGCCUGUUCUCACAGUUUCGGACGAAGAAGCACUGGAGAAACGUUGUCAUCAGUUAAUGCUGACCACAGCUCAGGGCAAAGAGGUUGCUGCCUGUCAGCUUUCUGUUGUCAACUCGCUUCCCGUGACCAAGUUGACCACCAAUGAUGGUCGAAUAUCACGGCCCCUGGUACAUCAAUUGUCACCGCAACAGCCGCAUCUACUGACUAUGGGAAAGAAUGCCCAUCUUGUCGGCCAGCCGAGUGUGGCUAGUUUUAUUGAAUCGAGUUCGCCCCAGCCAACCGAUAAAAAGCUCAUCAUAUCUGCAACUCAUUCUUCGCCUGACAAAAGCAGCUGUCCCAUUCAUGGUACAGCAAGUGCCGAGCACCGUCCCAUCGUCGGUCUGUCAGUGCCUGCCAACGGCCUGACCGCCAGUGCCUGCGUACCGGCUGCAGCCUCCACAAGUUUAGCAGGUUCUACAGGAUCUGCCUCAGAAUCUGGCUCUGUGCAUCGAGUCAAAAAGUCAGACCGUAACGCGGCUUGUCCAGUUCACGGUGUCUUGACGACUGUCGCAAACUCCAUAAUUGCACCAACUCGUCCCGCCGAUCAUCAGCUCAGCACGAGUUCCGUUUCAUCGUCAGCUUCGCCUUCUGCACAUUCUUCUCUCGUCCGAUCUCGCCAUAAGGAAUACAGACGCUCCUUAUCGGUCAGUGCUUUGGCCGCUGGUGGUCUACGUUCUGGAGCAAGCAGAGAAGAACGGGCCACAGACCAUGUAACCGGUGGACCAUACAAUUAUGAUACUAUGGGAUACUGCGGUGGAUUAAUGUCUCGGACUCUUCCACACUCCCACAGGACAAGCCAGAUUAGGGCCUACAGCACAGCCGGAGGCCCAUGCAAUGCAUCCCACCUCAGAGGCUUGCCUCUGCCAACCGGUGUGCCAUAUCAACCAUGCCCGCUACACGGAGAUGUGUUCACAUCUUUCCGUCGGCCACUAGUUCUUUCCAGCUCUUCCGAACACGGCUCGUCCAGGAUGCGUCCAAGAAGCGCCGUCGGCAUGUAUCAACCUUACUUUCAAUCUUCCUCUUUGACGACUGCACAACGUCCCGUCAUUUAUGUGGCACGUGCAUCAGGCCCGAGACAUGCCAGGAUGCAAGAAGUGCACUCGCGCAAGCAGUUGCAACUGCCAACACCA